GAAGAAGAGCAGCCGUUGACGGGCACAAAGUAGCAGGACGAUCUGACCAUCGCUAGGCGACAUUGCGAGAACCUGUGUUCUUCUCCCCGUCCUCGUUUUCUGUUCUUUAACCGGCCUCCUCGGGCGGUCAAUCGCCCCCUCCCUUUCCCCCUCAUCAGAACCUGCGUCGUCCACAAUGAGUUCAGAAGGGAAUUCGCAAUCGAGGAUAGAGCUCUUUGAAUCUGCCUUGACACUCCCAUCAGAUUCCGAGACCUACGCGGCAAAUAACGGACUUUCCCCGUCACCCGAGCCUUCCUCCAACUCCGUGGUUGUCUACCAACCACCAACGAUAUGGCGCUUUUUACGGAGUGCAGCAAUCAACCUGCUUCUUCCCUUUAUUAACGGCUUGAUGUUGGGAUUCGGGGAGCUAUUUGCACACGAAGCUGCAUUCCGACUCGGCUGGUCCAAUACCAAGGUCUUUCCCACGCACAGAAGGUCAAGGCCCGCGGGCGCUGGGAUCGAAUCUCCGGAAUCUUCUCGCCAAAGGCGAUCCCGGAGUGUAUUCAGUUUACAAGAUAUGGCAUCGCUCGAAUGAAUCCGCAUUGAUGGAAGUCCUGGCAAGUCUCCGACGUGAGACGGCGCGACACCUGAAUUUGAAGCCCAGAACUACAUGGAUUUCCUCAGUGUACAUACAUACAUACUUCCAUCUAGCUCACUGGUAUCUGUUUUAGCAUAAAUCAGGGCGGCGAAUGGCGUUGGACAUUUACAUCAUGUCCCAUCCCUCAUUGGUCUUAAAUUUCUUUCCCCAAAGCUACAUGGAAGUCUUUUGCAUAAACCAGGGAGAAGAAUAGGAAUACAUGGAAUUAACCA